AUGCAAGCCAGUGGGGCUAAAGACAACGAAGAGCGAGGCAGACACGCUAGGGCAAAAUUGCAUAGGCCAUGGGAAUGCACCCCAGCAUCCGAUUUAAUCAUUUGGCUCCGAGUGCAUCCCAGGCCCCGGAGCGCGCAACUGUCAAAGCUAGAGCCGAAGCUGAAAAGAGAUUCCGAUCGAUCGAACCAGCCGACUGUCGAAACAAGUGGCGUUGUGGAUAUUUCCAUAACGGCCGGAAGUAUGGGCUGGCACGAUUCUGCAUCAAAGAGCAGUAAGGGAUGUGUGUACAGAGAAGGCGAAGAAUCAAAUGGCGCAACAGAAGGCGAUAGUAAUUUGGUGAAUCCCGGCGAUUACGAUCCAGAGCAGGGUGGAAGGAAAAUCAACGCCUCAGUGGAGAAAAGGUGGCUUGACGCUGAUGCUCCUUACGAUUCCCAGUCGAGUCGAGACCCCAAUACGCUGAGGGGUAGGGAAGGGAAAGGUGAGAGACACAAGGAAAGAAAGAGGUACACAAAGCUGGCAAAACGUCACCACUGCCCCCCCUCAUUACUGACCAAAGUCACCACACCUAUCGUCAAGCCAUAUGAGGAGGGCUUUCCUUCGAGUGCACUUCACGAACUAGAUUCCAAUUCGUGUCCAUGGCGAAGCGCGAACGAACAUGAACAAAUGACCAACUUGGAGAGGCAAGACUGCAACGCCGGAUCCUACAACGCAAAUCUUGUCGAUAAUUUGCUCGACACGAAGACAAUUGGAGUUGAACAGGGAGUGGAGGAAGGAUGGUUGAGAGUUGCGCAAGACGAGAACAUGAGAGUGAACUACUUGGUAUACCGUAAAACGUGUGCUGGAGGAGAUGAGGAGAGGGGAUGGGCUCGACAGUAGAGUGCGACGUUGAUGGUGU